AUGCUUCCAACACUCUCACCCAUCAUACCAUUAUCAUCGCCAGGUGAUUCAAUUAAACCAAAGAAUCCAGGUCCUGUACCACCAGGUGGACUGAAUACCGUAAAAGAGAGAGAGAGAAUGGAUAAAAUUAAACGAGGUACUUCAUUGAAAUCUCGUAGACUAAAAAUAAAAGAAGCACUUGCCGACAAAAAUGAUCAUGAAAAAGCGACGAUGUUGGCAGCCAUCGAAAUUCAAAGACGUGCCAAACUCAUCAAAGAUCUCAUUAAGCAUAUUGUAUUUUUUGUAGCGUUUCUGACGAUUGUAAUAUUACAAAGAAACUCUGUCUAUGUCUAUCAAAUCGGUUGGGCAAUAAAGUCCGAUCUUUUAUUCAACGGUGAUCAACCAUUCACCGAAAUAAAAACACAAGCUCAAUUUAAUAGUUAUUUAACAGAACAAUUUGCUCCUCAAGUGUCAUCGAUGACCUACGAGAAUCCCUAUUCAAUGAAUGAUAUCGUAGGUGGCACCGUAAGAAUAAGACAGUUGAGAGUGCGUCCAAACAGUUGUCCGAAUCUCAGUUUGAAUCGUACUUGCUAUUCACCGACUUACAAUAGUUAUACUAGGGACAAGCGUGAUAUCGUUGGUACCAAUGGAACCAUCUAUAAGUUCACACCAAACACCGGUGGUCCAAUGGUUUUCGGUUACAAUCAAUAUACACGUGCAGUCAUCAUUUCAUUCGUUGCAUUCACAUUGAACUAUGAAUCAAGAGUAACCGUUGCCUAUAUGUUAGUAGAAUAUUCAGCAAGUGGUAUAUUAGAACCAUAUUAUGCAUUGAGAACUUAUAGAGUCAAUAUGUAUUCUUCACAUCUCGAUGGAUUCAGAGCAUUCUUGGAGGUUCUAUUCCUGCUAUUUUUGAUUUAUUAUAUUUAUAACUUUAUAAAUGAAGCUAGAAUUGAUUAUCAUCUUGGUAGAAUUAAAUACUUCCUUACAUCAUUUUGGAAUCUAUUGGAUAUUAUUAAUAUUUCUUUAUUUGUUGCAUCAGUUAUAUUAUUCUUAAUAUUCUUGAGUGAUAAGAAUGCAAAUAACAUCCCACUGGAUACAGCUGGUUAUCCAUCACAUAUGGAAGCAUUAGGUGAGACUGCUUUAGUCUACUAUCAACUAAGUGCUAUAACAUUCAAAACAUUUAGAUAUCUCAUUAUUCACAGACGAUUGUAUGCUAUUUGGAUUACUAUUUCACACGCUAGAUUACAACUUAUGACAUUUACCAUUAUGUUUUUGAUUAUGAUGAUUGGAUUCUUGAUUUCAGCAUGGUUGACAUUUGGUCAUGAUCUAGAUUACUACAAUGGUUUCCUAAACAGUUUAGGUACCUCUUUACAAUUCAUCAUGGGUAAUCCACCUAGCUUCCAAGAUAUGACCUAUACAAACAGAGCAUUAGGUCCAAUCAAAUGGAAGAGAUAUUCAUUAUCAUUAUCAUUCUUAUUUAGAAGAAAUAUCUAUGAUAUUAGUGCAAUUUGUUCUAUAUUGAUGGAGAAAAGACCUGGACUGAUAGAGGAGAAAGGUAUCACUCCAGAGAGAAUGUUUGAUGAAAUACAGAAUCUAGGUCUUGGAUUCAAAUUCGAUGAAGCACAAUACUACACUGACUUGGCCAUGAAGGUAUAUACCGAAAGAAAGAAGUUCCUUCAAGAGAUAUUGGCAAACAAACAAGCUGGUGGUGUAAGUAGAAAUAAAUUGUUACAAUCUGUACAGUUGACUGAUUGGGCAGAUGAACAAGAGAAAGCAGAAAAGAAAAAAGAAAAACAACGUAAGAAAGAGGAGAGAGCAGAUAUGGCUGUAAAGAUUGACAGAUUACUUCAAUUACUUGGUGAUUCAACUUAUAUUUUAAAUAAUAAUAAUAAUACUAGUAAUAAUAAUCUUAGUAAUAAUAAUAACAGUACUAAUAGUUUACAACAACCAUCAUUGAAUCAAUCAACAGCAGGACUAAUAGGAAGAGGUCCAACAGGUGGAAGUAAUAGUAACUUAAACUCAAGUAACUUUGGCAGUAACAAUCCAAAUAUACUAACAAGCAGCGGUAGUAGUAGUAGCAACGGAAGUAAUGAUUCCGGUGCAAACUAA